AUGACACCACGACUCGUCGAAGUAUUCGUGCCCAAGUGGCCGGCCGUCGAUGCCUGUGAAAACUUCAAGACGGAUUUCAGCGAACCGAAACUAAAACAGCAGCGAGGUAGGCACAAAGAGUCAGAAAUAAGUGAGUUCCAGACUGGCCAUAAUGACCUUGGACCGAUGCACGGCGGUAUUCCGACAUGCCACAGUGUCACGGUAUCAAAAAAUGCUAUGUACACGGAAAAGGCCGGCGAGGUGCACCGUGACCAGCCCAGCCCAGUCAGAGAGGUCGUGACAACGGCAAGUCAUGAGAGGAGUGAAACAGGCAGUGAGAAGUGUCGCAGGAAACGCCGGCUCGGUCCGAGCGGCGUUCAACGACACCCUUCACGACCGCAGGUGUCGUUGUCAAAGUACACGCGUCACUCACAUGCGACCACACAUCACAACCGAAACCGUCACAGGGCUAACGAGGUCGUACAACGCGAGGGACGCAACGUGGUAGUUGAGGGAAUGAACAGUUAG